AUGCUCAUAAAAUCAGCCUCCGAUCGAUUCCUCUCGGCGCGUUCAGAGCUCAUCAGUUUGCCGGCACUGAAUCUCUUCAUGUCCUGCGCGUAUAUUUUGAACGCGAGCUGUCUGAGCCAAGCCCGCGUUGCCCUAAUGUCUCUCUCCAAGGAGACGCUAUCUCCAGGUAAGUCGUCAGUCCGACCUGUGUGCGGCUGCUCGUUUUUUUCUGGCUCCAACAGCUGA